CCAGCAUGCAGUCACAGCCUCUCCUCCAAGCUGUGAGUGCGCACACAUCGCCCGCUCUGGUUUGGAACUACAUCGCCUUGAAUCUGCAACACUUUUUCUGUGCGUCUUUUCGUGGCCGGUCGUUAACUACUGUGUGGCCGAUUCCAUAAGAUUGCCCCUUCUCUCCCCCCACCCCAAAAAAGCUCCCCCACCAGGACCCGUGAACACUUGAAGCUGUGCGGGAGUGGUCCGGGAACUUUUUUUUUUUUGUUGCCAUAAUGAGCAGGCAAACGGUCAACCUUGACACCUACAGCCUGUCGCUGCUCACAGCCAAAGAGGACAUUCUCAACCCCCGCUCCUCCACCAACUGGGCAUUAUUUACAUAUGAAGGGGUUACCAACAAGCUCAAACUGGCCGACUCAGGAGCGGGUGGUGUGGCAGAACUGGCAGAAAAGUUUCACAUCUCUAAACCUCAAUAUGGACUGUGUAAAGUGGGAGGAGUGGAUGGAGGAGCUCUUCGGAUUGCUUUGAUAAGCUGGGUCGGCCAAAAUGUGGAUGACUACAGGAAAAAUGAGUGUGCCAGCCACAUUCCAGCCAUCAAACACUUUUUUAAGGAAGCACAUGCUUUCAUUAGUGCAGAAAAGCCAGAGGAUGUGACAGAGGACAGGAUAAGAGCCGAGCUGAGCAAGACUCAAACUCAGGCUCCCACACAGUGGGUGAGGAGGAGCUCCAGGUCUGCGGACAAGGAGGAACUUGUUGGUACAAACUACAGAAAAACUAAUGCCGCGAUGGAGAUGAGACUAAUUAACAGAGACUCCUUCUGGGCACGUGCUGAACGUGAAGAAGAAGCGCGCAAAGAUGAGGAAAAGCGAAGGGCAACAGAGGAGAGACGGCGCCUUGAGAGAGAGAGAAUUCUGAAGGAGCGAAGGGAUGCAGAGGAGAGAGACAGAAAAAUGAAUGAAAAACUUCAGAUGAUUGAGGAGCAAAGACAAAUACAAAGAGCAGAAGAAGAAGAGCUACGCAAGAAGGAGAAGUCAAGAUGGGAGCAGCAGCAAAGAGAGCAUGAAGAGGAUAUGAGGGCUCGUCUUAGACGAAGUGAAUCCAUAGAGAAAGCAGCUGAGGCAGCAGCAUUAGUGUCGCAGCGCUCCAUGAACCCCAGAGAGUUUUUCAGACAACUGUCAUCAUCAUCAUCACAGAGCCCCACCAGUCCUGGAUCUUCCCGCAGUGGAAAACCAUUUAGACGAUACCAGCGCAGUCUGACAGAUACAGCUUUCAUCUUUUCAAAAGCAGAAGAAAGCUCAGCGUCUUCUCCAUACACUUCUCCGUUGGUCUCUCCCUUUUCGAGAGCUCCUCACUCUCCCGUUUUCCAGGCCGUGUCUCCCCCAAGAAGCCCAGAUUUUUACCCAGUCACCUCCCCGCAGAAGCCCAGAGCUCCCAUGUCUCCACCCACCUCACCCAUUCGGCCUGCCCCCCCAGUUUCAGCUCUGCCCAGUAUUCCACAGAGUACCAACCAGUUUCAGGCCGCAGCUGAGCCCGAGGCUUCAGAACCGACAGAACCGUCUGCUCCUCCUGCUUCCCCAAGUCUCUUAGAUUUUUUGCCUCCAACUGAAAUAGAUGAAAACAUCUCUCAGCUGCUUUCAGAGGCAGAGCAGCAACCUUUGAACUUUGAGCCUAUGCAGUUUUUAACAAACCGUCCUGAUCUGGACACAGCAGAAUUCAACACACCAAGUCUCGGAAACACCAAGCUGGUCUCAGACACUGGCUUCAAAGUACAAGCUGUGCUGGUGGAAGCAGAUGAGGAAGAGGAACUACAGGAGGAACAGGAGGGAGAUGAAGCUGAAACACAACCAGAGGUGGAUUCUCUCACUGCUGAACCAGAACGGAUUGAGACAAAGGAGGUAGAUAAAGAAGAGGUGCAAGAGGUGAAGGGAGAUGUGAAGGAGGAGCAAAACGAGUUGGACAAGGAGGAAGAGCACGAAGAAGAGGGUAAGGGCAGAGAACCCGAGGAAGAGGAGAAGGGAGAGAAGUAUGAGGAAGAGGAUAACAAGAAGGAACUGGAGGAGGACGAGGAGGAGAUGCAGGUGGGAUCAAAACAGGAAACUGACCCUUCAUCACUGCUAGAACCGGCAGCGAUGCCACAGGUUGAAGAGGAGGCAGAGGAAGCCGAAGAAGAGAACAAUUAUUCAGGACACAGCCAGACUCUUGCUGAGCCUGCUGAGUUUUCUGAGGAAGAGGAGGAGUCAGUAUCCACAGAUUUUUCCUAUGUGGUCAUCAAAGAUCCUGAACCAGUUUGUCAAGAUAUCAAGCAUGAGACUCUACUUCCAUCAACCAAUGGGAUGACAAACGGUGAUGGCACAGAGGAACAAAAUGGGACAGUGAGGUCCUUGAGUCCAACAGACACAGACGGCAGCACCUCUGAGUCUCCUGUCUGCUACAGAGUUAACACAACCACAGAAGAUGGAGACAUCACUGAGGAUAGAGAGCAGCAGAUCUCUGAAAAUGGACAAGAGGAUUUAGCCGACCGACAUAUGUGCGUCCGAGCUCUAUAUGACUACCAGGCAGAGGACGAAUCCGAGAUCUCCUUUGAACCCGGUGACAUCAUCAGGGACGUGGAGACAGUGGACAAAGCCUGGUGGAGGGGUUGGAGCAAAGACGGCCGUCAGGGUUUAUUCCCCGCUAAUUACGUGGAAACCAUAUAGGCAGACAGAGGCACACUAUACACCCACACACACUUUCACACACAUGCACACAUACACUCAGGGACACCUUCUCUUUUCUUGUUUCUGCAUGUUUUUACCUUAAUCCUCCCACUGAAACUUUAUGCUCUCUUUUCUGUAGGAAGAAUAAAGAAACACGAGACUCCUUGUUCUGAAGAAAGCAUAAAGAAAAGUGUAACUCUUUAUUUUGAUGUUUUAUUUGGAGAACAACAUAGCAUGCAGAAAUUACCUAGCCUUAUUCCGUAUGGAUAAAAUAGUAAAGACCUUUCCCUGGACCAAAAUAACUUAUUUUCUUUUGAGAAGCAGUGGAAAUGUAAGUCAGGGGGAGAAAUAAGGGGGCGCAGAUGAUGGGGAACUUGGUUUGCUUCUUAGUAACACAAACAUGUUUUAACUGCAGUGCUUCUUUUUGAUCCACACAUAUAACAAGCAUACCAAGCACCACCAUUCCUAUCCAUAUACCAGGUAUCGUCUUUGUAAUCAUCAUCCUGUGUCUCUUCCAUUAUUUUGGAGCUCUGCGUUUGCUACUGAUGUUCUCACAUGAUCACAGGUUAAUUGACCAAACCAGAGCAAGAAACAAAACAAAUGAUGAAAAAUCAGCAGAAAAUGAUGUUGAACUUCACUCCUGAUGUUGAAAAACUAUUUUUAUAUAUAUAUAUAUAUAUAUAUAUAUAUAUAUGGGUUGUAUGUUGAUGUAUGUCUCAUUACCUAGUUUUUAACAGCUGAUUGCAUUUUUGGAACACAAUCUGACUCAUCACAAUUCAACAUACUGUAUAUAAGAAUGUAUUAAAAACAUCAAUGAUUCUCUCCUUUUCAAUUCUUAGGUCAUAUGUUUCUAAGUUCUUUGCUUAUUUUAAUGGUAUCUCUUUUUGUAUGUACUCCUAACUUUCAAAUAUACAGCCUUUAUACACUUAAACUACUUCAAAAUGUUUCUGUUUGUUUUUAUUCUUACAUGUAAUGCUUUUUGAACAAGUUACGUCUGUCCUUGAUCUCAUCCUUUUGCAUACAUUCAUUUAAUUUUUAAUAUUUUAUAUUCUAUUAUGCUCAUUUUAAGCAUCAACACAGUCUGCACUUCUUUAUAUGUAUAAGAAAAAGAACAUAUUUUUUAUAGUGUUACAACAAAUGCCCUGUCUGGUAUUUGGUAUUUAGCAUUAAGUUAAAUAAAAUCAGCUGCAACACAGAUAAAUACAGGAGAUACUUGGAUAAAUAAAUUACUUUUGAAUUUAAUAUGAGCUGAAUUACAAACUUCACCAAACCAAAGAAGCAUCAAAGCAAACUCUUUUGCUAGAAACAAGAUGAAUAAGAAUGCCUUAAUAACAUUGUACAGCUAAUACAUUUCUAAUUCAGUCUUUAUUUAGCUUUUAUAAUUGACUGCAGACAUUUGAUAUUUUUCUUCAAGUGUUAUAUUGCAGAAAUACUGUAUGCAAUGUUUACCAUUACACAUGAACACAUCAAUUAAGCUUCUGUCACACUGUUUCCUGUUUUGUAUGGAUAUCUAUUAAAAAUUUGUCAUUCUGAUCAAAAAGUGA